AUGAAAACUUUUAUAAACAAAAUUUAAAGAAAGAUGCGUGGGACGAAAUCGGAAAUGUAUUGAAAAUAACAGCAGAAAAGUGCAAUAACAAAAUGAUAAGUCUUCUCUCUUCUUACCGCCGUGAAAAAGGAAAGGAAAAAAAAUCCAAGGGGACUGGAAAAGGUACUUCGGACACAUACACAAGUCGAUGGUUUGCCUACAAUGCUUUAAAGUUCUUGGACGAUAGAAACACACCAAGAAAGAGAAAAAAUACGGAGUCCAUUCAACGCUCAGUCUCCAAAAACAAUGCCACCGAAGCCACGCAACAUGAGUUCACCCCUCCAGCACCACCAAAUGAGCAUGGUCUACAGGAACCGAAACGAUCCAGAAGAGACGAAAACAAUGUUCUUACCGAUGUAGUGGGGAUAUUGAAAACCACUGCACAGAAAUUGGACAGUAAAUCAAGCAUUCCUGACUUAACUAAAAGUUUUGUUUCAUUUAUAGGAGCUAAAAUGAGUAACUAUUCCUCUCAGACUAGGAUUUCGGUUGAACACGCAAUAUUUGAAAUUAUUAUGAAAGCCGACAGGGGAUAUUAUGAAUCUUGGCAACAUCAACCAAAUGCAUAUACAGAACCAUACUCCAAUCGUCCCUCAACUUCAGUAUCCUACGGUUAUACCACAGCAGAAAAUGUAGACGCUGCUGACUACUCAAUCAACCAGCAGCCUUCGUCGGUCUCUUCACAAGACUCACAGCACUCUUCUAUAGAUGAUUUUACUGAUUUAAUUUAGUUAACAAAGAAAAAUAAAGAUUUUGAUUAUACGUACCUUAAUGUUUUCUUUUAAUUCUUCAAUUAUAGCAGAGCACACUUCAGGAAUAAUUCCACUAAUAGAUUGUUUAGAUACUCUAAAUGUAUACUGUAGACUUGUGUAAGAGUCCCCGGAGCUUAAAAAUCGAAGAGUAAUCGCUAGUCUAUCUUGGGCUGAAAUUGGAGCUCUUAAAUUUGAAUAUUUUCGACUUAUUCUUGGUCCGACUAUCGCGAGUAAAUUUUCAAAAUCUGUUGGCGUCAUCCUCGUAAAACUUUUGUAUUGACCACUUAUAUGCUGGAAAUUCAUAUCUGUAAGCAGUUCUCUGCCUUCUCUCCGUUUAUAUAAUUCUGUGCGCCACCAACGUCGGGGUCUUUGGGGUUUUUUUAAAAGUCGAUGAAUGAUUAACAAUGAAGCACUGAUAAUCGUCAGAGCAAGAAGGCUGUCUUCAGACUCCAUGAUUCGUAAGUAUAUCGACUUAAGUAGAGUGAUGUGGGCAAAGAAAAGAACACGUGUGACGAGGGCCAGUUACGAAAUGCGGGAACAGAUGUUCUCGAAUGAUUCGUAGUCAAUGCGCGUACCGCGCGCGCCACACGUACAAGGCAGCAGGGAACAUGCAAUGUAAGGCAGAAUAUUACAUUACAUGUUGCAUUGCACCAAUCUGUACCCACCUU